AUGAAUAAAUACUCGGUUAUAUUACCUACGUACAACGAGAGAAGAAACUUGCCUAUUCUCGUCUACUUGUUGAAUAAAAUAUUCACUGAGAACAAAUUGGACUGGGAGGUGGUGAUUGUUGACGACAAUUCUCCUGAUGGUACUCAAGAAAUUGCCAAAAAAUUGAUCGACAUCUACGGUGCUGACCAUAUACAAUUACGUCCAAGAGCUGGUAAAUUGGGAUUAGGUACCGCAUAUGUUCACGGUUUACAAUAUGUCACUGGAAACUUUGUAAUCAUUAUGGAUGCUGACUUUAGUCAUCAUCCUGAGGCAAUCCCCCAAUUCAUUGCCAAACAAAAGACUGAGGAUUAUGAUAUUGUCACUGGGACUAGGUAUGCAGGCGAUGGGGGUGUCUAUGGCUGGGAUUUUAAAAGAAAGUUGAUCUCAAGAGGUGCCAAUUUCCUUGCCACUGUGGUGCUAAGACCAAACGUUAGUGACUUGACAGGAAGUUUCAGAUUGUACAAGACGCCAGUAUUGAAAAAGAUUAUUGAUGUUACUCAAUCCAAAGGAUACGUGUUUCAAAUGGAGAUGAUGGUGAGAGCUAGAAGUUUGGGAUUCACUGUUGGCGAAGUCCCAAUCAGUUUCGUUGACAGAUUAUACGGUGAGAGUAAGCUUGGCGGAGAUGAAAUUGUGCAAUACGCCAAAGGCGUGUGGUCUUUGUUCACCAGUGUGUAG